GUACAGUUCGGUUCGUACACUUUGACUUUCAUUGACUUAGGACUGGGUCUGUAGUAUCUGCACCCAUGGCCAAAUCAAUGAACCUACUAUGGGGGGCCGGUUCACCUCCUUGCUGGCGUGUUAUGAUCACUCUGCAGGAAAAGAAGCUGCAAGGAUACAAACACAAGCUACUGUCUUUUGAGAAAGGGGAGCACAAAACACAGGAAGUUUUGGAAAUCAACCCAAGAGGACAGCUCCCUGCAUUCAGACAUGGAGACAACAUAUUGAAUGAGUCCAUCGCAGCAUGCUUAUACCUGGAGAACCAGUUCAAGUCCCAGGGCACCAAGCUGAUUCCCGAUAGUCCCUCAGAGCAAGCACUGAUGUACCAACGAAUGAUGGAGGGUCCCACCCUCAUUGAUAAACUUAAUGCAGUUAUCUACUAUGACUGGCAUGUCCCUGAAGAGGAGAGGUUCGACUCUGCUAUGAAGAGAAACAGAGAAGCUCUGGUCACUGAGCUCAAACUGUGGGAGGGUUACCUGCUGAAUGUGGCUGCAGGCUCGUACCUGGCGGGGGCCUUCUCUCUAGCCGACGUGAUCGUCUUUCCCAACGUUGCUUUUGCUUUUCGUUUCGGGCUGUCUGUUGGACGGUAUCCGAAGCUGGCCAAAUAUUACAGCCUGCUGAAGGACAGGGCCAGCAUUAAAACCAGCUGGCCUCCACAUUGGCUGGCCUGCUCACAAGGUUAUAACACCCUGAAGGACCUGUGAAAGACUCCACCAAACACUUUACCUUCUUCAUUACGCUGUAUGCCUGCAGUUUGUUUAGCUAGGCAUACACUAGAAUUCCAGAGUGGAAGUAAUGAACACUUUGAAGGAAUUUAAUCAGAGGUAUUAAUUCUAUUAUUAAAAAAAAAUGGAUGUAAUCACUGACAUGUUUGAUUCACAUGAGUAAUUUUUGCUGAGAAACAUACACGUUUCACUUAGAUACUCUUUCUACUGUGCUUCAAAAACAUGAUGAAUCCACAAUAAAAGGACAUUUAAUUGAA